AAAGUCAAGACCACGAUGAGGCUGCACAGUGGUGGGAGAAAAGGUACCUGCCAGGGAGCAACAGGCUCUCUCAUCGAGAUGGCAGCCUUCUUCUCCAACCUGGUUCAGUUCCGGGGACUAUAUCAAAUGAUCUUAGUGCUGGGAAUUGGUGGUAGUUUCCCAUAUGGAUUCCACAUUUCUGUCAUCAACUAUCCUUCUGUGCACAUCAGGAAGUUUAUUAAUGAAACGUGGAUAGAGCGACACGGCUCCCCCCUCCAUCCCGAGACAAUCAUGCUGCUGUGGUCCUUCAUCGUGUCUAUUUAUGGGAUAGGAGGGCUCCUGGGGUCCCUCUUCUGUACCUACGUGACUACAAAAUACAGGAAAAAAAAGUGCCAAAUAUUCACCAACCUGAUCAUGCUGGCAGCUGCACUUUUCAUGGCCUUCAGUAAAACAGCCAAAUCCUUUGAGAUGAUUCUGGUUGGCCGCCUUCUCUACGGCAUUGGUUCAGGUUUUUGUAUGAAUAUACAUCCUCAGUAUGUAGGAGAGAUUUCACCCAAGAAGCUGCGUGGAUUUGCCAACUCCACCGUUGCUGUUUUCCUGACCCUGGGAAAACUCACAGGACAGGUUAUUGGACUACGGGAGAUUUUAGGAAGCGAAGCUUUGUGGCCAUGGUUGUUAGCAUCUAGUGGACUUUCAGCAUUGGUUCAACUGGUUACCCUCCCAUUUUUCCCCGAUUCACCAUCCUACCUCCUGAUACAGAAGGGUAAUGAGGAAGCCUGCAGGAAAGCCAUCAGGAAGCUCUGGGGGGAAGGAGACCACCAAGCAGAAAUCGAUGACAUUAUGAAGGAGAAGGGUGCGAUGGGGAGCACGAAAACCUUGCGUGUCCUCGAAGUGAUCAAAGAGAGAUCUUUGCGCUGGCAGCUUUACUUUAUGAUGACUGUUAUGACCACCCUGCAGCUCUGUGGAAUCAAUGCAAUAUACUUCUACUCUUUCGAAGUGUUCCACACAGCCAAGUUUGAAGAAUACCUUAUCCCAUAUGUGUCCCUGGGAAUUGGGUUGUGUGAAUGCUUAUCUUCUAUACUGUGUAGUACCCUCAUAGACCGGUUUGGGAGGAAGGUGCUGCUUUGGGGAGGAUACACACUGAUGUGUUCUGUGCUAGCACUGCUCACCAUGACCCUGUCCCUGCAGCAUCGGUUUUUCUGGAUGCAUUACUUCAGCGUUAUCUUGAUCUUCCUAUUCGUUGUCUUCUAUGGAAGUGGACCGUCUGGAGCCACUGUAGCUGUCAUGGUUGAAAUCUUCAGCCAGUCAUACAGACCAUCAGCCUUUCUGAUUGUUGGCUGUAUCAACUGGAUGGGACUGUUCGUCCUUGGGAUGAUUUUUCCACUGCUUGUUGAUAACCUUGGACCCUUCUGCUUCCUCAUCUUUUUGGCAAUUCUUGCUUUAUCAGCAAUUUUCAUUUACCUGUAUCUUCCUGAGACCAAGGGAAAGUCAAUCGUGGAAAUAAAAGCAGAGUUCAACAAACUAAACUUUGGGAAAAAAGAAACCUCCUUCACUGAAAAUAACUUUCCUAAGGAACAGUUGGCUUGCACGAAGCUCUGAGGGUUCAGAGGAGAAAUUUGCAUCUCUUAGAAAAGACAGGAAACAAUGUUGCAAUAGAACUAAAAAGGAAACAUUAAAACCAGACUGCAAGA